UAAUUUCCUUUAGCGUCGGAAAUUCAGCCAAUAACUUCAAAUUUCACCUUUCUUUUAGUCUAAUUUUAGAGACUUUUUCCACAAUGAUUGCCUUUUGAGACAAGUAGAAGUAUCAAAUAGUCCUAAAGCUGCCUGAAAGUCGUCAAAAUAGGACUAAACUUCUGCUGUGUUUCUUCUUUUAUUCGCUGUUUGGCGAGUAUGGCGUCGAAUUCACCAGGUAAGCUUAGAAAUUUACGCUUGUUCUUAACUAUAAACGGCGCACAUAGAUCAACAGGUUUGAUGAUUUACAAGAGCUGGUCUUAUAUCUAGUCUUAAAACGUUAGAAAGCUUCUUUAAUUGUGGGUGAUAUUGUUUGCAAUAUAUUACGUUAAUGUAUAAGUUUGGUUUGGUAUGAAAUGUUCCAUUAUCCAGCGUUUCAAUUGAGGCGUGUGUUUAUUCGGACUUGUCCCUUCUCAAAUACGGAAUUUUUUUGCCUCUCAUAGGUAGCAGAUUGUCAAGAGAGAAGCUCAAACUGAACUUCCAAGGUGGAAUAGAGAAAAAAAAGUUAAACCUCGCAGGACUCGCGACACGACAACCAACACCGCUUCAAUCCAAUAUGUAAGAUAAAUAUUUAACGCAUAACAUAAGCUAUCGAAUUCCUGUUUACAGCUUCCUCUUUCAAGAAGACAAACAAUUUUAUUGUAGAUCAGCAAGACAUUAGUCGGUGUCUGUGUCAUUAAAGAGCGCGAUUCUAACAAUUUAUGAAGUAGCAAUUAACCGUGAAUUAAAUUUAAUUGCAGCUGUCAUUGUGCAACAUUAGCGACUCACAGUUUCAACUUUCAGAUUCAUUUUAUGAUUUCUUUUGUGAAACGUGGAAACAAUCCUACUCAAAAGGCCUCAUUUGUUUUUUGUUUUGAUAAUGCCAUGAAUGUAGAUUUUAAUUUGUGAUUCAAUUUUAUCACUUAGUUCAAAAUUUUUCAACUUGUGUGAUUUUUGUCUCUUAAGCUGUGAUGCCAUGAUACUUAGCACGUCACCUUUUAUUUAACUCUUUAAUUUCAUUACCAACUCAGCUGAUUAAACCAAACUAUCCUAUAGUAUUCCCCUCUAAUGCAACACCACAGUUUAUUUAGAAACUUGCCAAAACUGGUUUGAAAAUGUCAAAGAAAGGAAACAUUUGAACCACAAUUUAAAGCUAUGUAAGAGACAGAGCAUCAUUUUUAUCGUGUUUAUCAGGUUUUUCUAAUAUCAAUAUGUUGGAAAGUCAUUUAUCCUUUAGAUAGUACCAUCAACUUUUGGCACAAAAAGAUUUUAUUUCCUUUUUUUUUUUUAAGUGAAAGACUCCGAACUCACAAAGCUGUUGGAAAACUGUCAUUUGGCCCGGAUCAGGUAAGCUAUUUAUAUUGAAUAAACAUUUUCACUUCAAUUAAUGUAGUGUAAUUUGAUACAAUUUGUAAUGUAUAUCAGAUUCUUCCGUGGGGAAGAAUAAACCUCUAAAAUUUUCCUCUCUCUAAACUUUGUUGCCCAGUUGGUAGUAAGGCUCAACUACUAGCACUAUCUAUGAGGCUCGGGCUCGAAUCCCACUAAAACCUUAAGUUUUUAUUCUGGCUUCUCUUCUGCACUUGGUAAAAUCAUCAUGGAUCAUGGCUUUAUUUCAUUUUAUUUGUGAUAUAAUUUCUUAGUCAGGAUGGACCUCUAUUGGCUUAAAUGUAUGGUGACUUUGAUAUAGUGUUAGGCUAGGAGUCUGAUAAGAGGAACAGGCAGGCACCUUACUUAUUUUCUUGUACAUCUAGCUGCACAAGGGAGGUGGGGAAAGGGAAUGAACAGAAAUGAAAAUUUAUGGCUUAUCAUGUGAGCUUUGAACUCCAGAGUUUAAAUCAAUGAAAUUUAUGAUUUCAUGAAAUACUUUUUAUAGAUUAUGGUUGGUACCUGUCAUGUUUGCUGUUGUUUUUGCACCUUCUAAUAUGUAUGUUUUGUUUGUGUAAAAUUUCCAUAAUAGAAUUAUGAAUAUUCAUCGGAAGACCUGGAUGAUUGUGGUGAGAUUGGUAGAGGUGCAUAUGGCACUGUCAAUAAGAUGUUACAUAAGGAAAGCAACACCUACAUGGCAGUUAAGGUAAAUUAACCCUGAUAUUCAUGUUUCUAUCUACCCUAUACUUGUUUGAAAAGUUUUGCUGUUAGCCAUAGAAUAGGGUCCUAGUAUAGCAAACUAUUAUGGUGUGGUUUGUCUUUUGGUAAAAACAUCUUCAAUGGCUUAAUGACCUCUUUUCCUUGUUCAGUGCCAUCACCCAAUGUUAGUAACAUGUCUAGCAAUACCAGUAAGAGGGUGGCAAAGUUUUUUAAACUUGACAUAAGAUUAAGUUCAAAAUUAGUAAAUAAUGCAUGUAUUUUAUAGAAAGUUAAGGUAACGUGAGAUUUGAAGUUUUCCAUCUUGAAAUUGUCAUACAUGAAAUACUGUUUAAAGUACAUAUGAAGAGUGAUUUUUUUGAAAAAUUUGUGCGUGAAACAGAAUCAGCCACCCCCUCUUUCCAACCCUCCAAUAAAUGCACAAAUCACUGAGGCUUUAUAGUGCUUUAAUUUCCUAUGUCAUGACAUCUUCUUGAGGGAAUCAACUGUGCCAUUUUAUAAGAAUUAAUCUGUAAUUUAAGGUUUCUUUUUAAAGCACCUGUUUUUCCCUUUCAGAGAAUUCGUUCAACAGUAGAUGAAAAAGAGCAAAAACAGCUUUUAAUGGAUUUGGAUGUUGUCAUGCGAAGCAGUGAUUGUAAAUACAUUGUCAAGUUUUACGGAGCUCUUUUUACUGAGGUACAUGCCAUGAGAAAUAUUCUCUCUUUGGAUAUUCUUAGUGUUUACAGUCUUGCUCUUCUUUUCAAGAGCAAAGUGUAGAUUAAGGGCGAAUUUGAGCUUGAGUUAUUGCACUAAGUGCUGUUAUGGACUAGUUCUGUGAAGGACAGUCAAAGUGAGAGCCGCCUCUCCAUUACUCUCAAGCAUUGUAAACUCAUUCUUUUAAGUCUUAUUGAAACCUUCAAAUGGGAAGUGUCACCCUUCCACUGCAGACACCUUGUCUGCCAAGGAGUGGCUAUUAUAGGAAAAAUUUGUAAACCUAAACAAGAACUGACUUGAGACAGUCACCUAAACUCUAUAUUCACUGUAUCAUGGUUCAAUGGCCCUUUAAGGGAAAUGUUUUAAAACACCAUGGGUUUGAAAUUGCAUUGUACUCAUACCAUCUGGAGGAGGUUCCUCUGAUAUAAAAUGCUUAAUUCUCUGAAUUAAUCUACAGUAAAGCAGCCUGUAUACCAAAUUACUGAACAUAUCUUGGCCUCUAUCUUAGGGUGAUGCAUGGAUCUGCAUGGAAUUGAUGCACACCUCAUUUGACCAGUGUUACCGGCAUAUUUAUGGGGUUGUAAUGGAAACUAUACCAGAAGACAUUCUAGGAAUGACCUCAUUGGCAGUAAGUUUCUGUUUUUAGCAGUGGUGUUGGUUUUUUCUGUAUUAACAUGCAAACUCCUUGGUAGUAGGGCCACAAGAAAAGGUAGAGAACUUCAUCUCCUGAGAAACAAAACUUCUAUGGACCAAUCCACAUUUCAAUAUGCUGCUCUAGCAAAAGGAAUGAAAUUACUUUCCAAAAGAACCUCAUUCCAGCAAUAUACUGAGAACUUUUAAAAUUGAAAAUUUUCAAUUUGUUUUUGAUAUAGAUUAUAGAAUUAACACAAAUGUAGCAUGGAAACUCUUUCUUAUAACUGUUCUCAUAAUCAUUUUUAUUGUCCUACAUCUUUUUGAUGUUUAUCAAAUGUUUAUGCCAACAUUUCAAUAUGGAUCCACUGAUUGUUGUUGUUUUUUUUCCAGUCUCACUAGAGUUUUUAUUCUUUUGUCAUUAUUACCAUUACUGAUACUAAUAUUGUUAUUUUACAAUCUUUGUACACAUAGAAUGUAACUUUUUUUUUUUGCAAAGUGCCUCAAAACAGGGCCAGGGCAUGAACUUGUUUGUUGAAAGGAACAACCCUUUUUUUUUUACACAGGUUGUGAAAGCACUGGACUAUCUUAAAACAAUGCUCAACAUCAUUCAUAGAGGUUUGUUCCUAAUUGUCUAAAUUGAUAUUGUGUCAUCAUGGAUAUAACAACAGUGUUUUUCUGUAUCAAUAUUUCACCUGCAGUCAACUCUUCAUCUUUUCAAUUUAUGUUGUCAGUGGGGUGUACAUAUCAAUUAAUAUGUCUUUACUCUUCCAGAUGUGAAGCCUUCCAACAUCUUGCUCGAUCUUCAUGGACAUAUCAAGCUUUGUGACUUUGGUAUCAGUGGCCAACUUGUUGACUCCAUUGCUAAGACAAGAGAUGCAGGAUGCAAGCCCUACAUGGCGGUAGGUCAUGUCUUUUAUGAAAUAAAUAUUUUAUACCUUUUUUUUUUUUUAUUUGUUAGUCCACUUUUAGGCUUGUGUAGACACUUAUUAUAAUUAUUUAUGAUGGGAAAAUGAUCAAGUGGACCUCGAAGGUGAUCAAAUUUUAACAAUUAUUCACCUAAUGUCAGGAUCAACAUCAACUAUCCACUAGCCUGAUGAAGGACUAAUGCACGAAACGUCAGCUUUGUAACUCUUUAUGUUGGCCAGUUUACAUUAUCAACUCAGUUGAUCAUUCCCACUGACACAGCGCCAUAGUUUCCUUAGAAACUUACCACCUUUAUUUAUCAGCUAGCUUGCUGAGAAGUGUAUUCCAGCCAAAAAGAUUGAAAUUCAUGUUCAAGAACUUACUCAUUUGCCAUCUCUGUGGCACUUGCCUCCUUCCCUUGUACAACUCAUGUGCAAUACUGAAGGGAUGGCAGCAACAUACUCAUGAAACAUAUUGUCACAUCUCUCUGGCUCACAUCUUACACUUCCCUUACUUUAACUGACUGUACAGAUUUGUGUGAUGCAUGUACUGUGCUGUAAUGAAGCUUGAAUUAAUUUUUGGAUGACUUGCCAAUCUUAGUUCUUUAAAGCAAUUACAUGUAGGGAAAGAAAGUAGGUUUCUCUCCCAGGAGCAAAAUGAUAUCAGGAUAUUGUUGGUAAAUCUCUUCUUAAAUUAGAGUAGUUUGAAGAAAGACUUGUACUAUGUAGUGCAGCUCAAAGAUAAGUAUAGCUAAUAAUGUGAUUUUGAGUGCAAUUUGUUGUAAAUAGGCACCAGUAAUUUUUUUCAAAGAUGGUGUGGUGUGCUUAUUACACCAAAUAGCAAGAGAACGGAUGUCAUUUCUUGUUUGUAAUGUACAUGAAAAAACAUUGCAGAAAGUAAAGACAGAUGAAACCUUGAAAGUGUGUGCACACUACUUGUACUCUGCUCUUGUGUUACAACUUUGCACUUGUGUUACAUGAGAAUGCACUCCUUUCUAGUGGAUCAGAAGCACAUAAUUUCUUCAUGUUUUUUAUAAGGGAGCAAAAUAUGUGCAUUACACUUGUAUAGGACAAGUCUAGGUGUUACAGAUUUACUUUGUUCCUGGAAAAGGGAGUCAAACAAAGGUUGUUUGUUGUUCCUCAUCAAACUGAAUCAGCUGAAUAUAAUUUUUAAUUCCUCAUAGCCUGAGAGGAUAGAUCCCAUGUCUUCAAGACAAGGAAGUUAUGACAUCAGAUCAGAUGUGUGGAGCUUUGGAAUUACCUUAGUAAGUUAAAAGAACUGUUGGUUAUUUAAAUUAGAACCCUGAUAAAUCAAACUUGCAAGGGAAACAAAAAAUGGUUAGAGUUAGCGGGGUUCGAGUUAGCUGAUAGUAAAUAACUGAAAAUGGGAUCAAGAGAAAUCAGAUCUUGUGCGAGUUAUCAGGGGGUUUGAGUUAGUGGGGUUCUGCUGUAUUGUGUUUGAUCUUCUUGAAUCUUUAUUAAGUCAUAAGAUAAAUAAUCACAUAUCCUAUGUUACAACAUUAAAAGAAGGUAUAUAUAUAAAUUACAGAGAAAAUCAAGAUAAAAAUUAUAAGACUAGAUUAUGUUUAAAAAUUAAGCGAUUAACAAACGUGUUUUUGAACCUAUCAGUGUUUAUUUUAGGAUGGUGACUUGUCUCUUUCCUCAGAUUGUACUUGGUUAAUUUCUUUUUUGGCAUUAUAGCUCUUAAAGGGUGUAUUAUAUUAUUAAAAACAUUCUUGAAGAUACGCGUGUCCUGUUGAACUAACAAUUCAUAAACAUUAAUGUGAUCGGAUGUAUACUUGCGCUUAUAACAUCGAUCUAAGAAACAUUGGAUUGUUGUUAAUUCGAAUUUACAGCGCCAAAUACGGACAACCCGUAUAAUAUAUUUGGUAGAACCAGAUUUAGAAACAGAUGGUCUAUUUCGCCUGAUUGUACCCUUCUUUCCUUAAAGAUCUUAAAAUGAACAGGCACUUGUUUGCUUUAAUUAGUUUUUCCCGAAUAUGUGUUAUGAACCUACUGUCUUCCUGAAAUGUUACCCCUAAAAUAGUAAGCUCUUUUGUCUGUGGUAUUCCAGACACCAUCGGAAACUCUAUUGUACAACCUUUCUUGCGGAAAAUGAUUUCCUUGCACUUAGAUGGAUUGCUACACAUACCAUUACUUCUAGACCACUGGGAAAACUGAUUAAUCAGUGCGAUAGAAUUGUCAUUAUCACCUAUCACAGGCGAGAUAAUGGUUGUAUCAUCUGCAUAUUUUACCAGCACGCUCUUAUUGUCCAAGUGUAUCUCUAAAUCACUGAGAAAGACAUUGAACAAGUGCGGCCCGCUGACACUUCCUUGGGUGGUACCUUUGUUGACACUUUUCCAUUUUCCAAUAAACCCAUUUCUAAUGACUCUCUGCUGCCUGUCUUCCAAAAAGCUUAGAUACCAGUUAACUAUAAAAAUGAUGUGUGGUUCACUUCAAUCUGAAUGCGUUGGGAAGAUAUGUAGAUAAAUUGAGGUUCAGGGUUCGAGUUAGCUGAUUGUAAAUAACUGAAAAUGGGAUCAAGAGAAAUCAGAUCUUGUGCGAGUUAUCAGGGGGUUUGAGUUAGUGGGGUUCUGCUGUAUUGUGUUUGAUGUGUGGUUCACUUCAAUCUGAAUGCCUUGGGAAGAUAUGUAGAUAAAUUGUACCCAACUGAUUAACACCUUUAGUUACUCGAAAUCAGAACUGUGAGCUGUAACACCAUUUGAUGGUCACAGGUUUAUUUAUGCCCUGGAUUUUAUUAUAGAAAAAAACCAGGAAAGAUUUAUUACUCGACGUUUCGGGGUCAUCGUGACUCCAUUAUCAAGAGACUAGUUUAAAAACAUGCAAAUAAGGAAAGGUACAAGAAUAGCAUAAAUUAGAAUGAACGGCUUAAACAAACGCCAAGGUGUUUGUUUAAGCCGUUCAUUCUAAUUUAUGCUAUUCUUGUACCUUUCCUUAUUUGCAUGUUUUUAAACUAGUCUCUUGAUAAUGGAGUCACGAUGACCCCGAAACGUCGAGUAAUAAAUCUUUCCUGGUUUUUUCUAUGCCUUUGCUUUAGCAAAUCCCUGCUGAUCAAGAUUUUAUUAUGCAGUGCCAAAAACACCCAUUCCUAGGCUAGGUCAAAUGCACUUUACUAAUCCAUGGUCAUUACUAGCUGAUAAAUAGUUUUGAAUAAUCACUUCAGCAUCAUCCUGGGGAUUGUUUGAAGCAAAGUUAUAUUCACCUAUGAUGAUCAGCAAGCAUUUUUAAACUCCCAUGAGUGUCCAAGACAGAAUUUCUUGUUACAGUAUCAAUACACUAUCAAGCAGAUGAGUGUUUGGAAUAAAGAAAAAUAUAAAUUAGGAGAUUAUCAGUUGAUCCCAUACCAAAUUCUCCCAACUAACAUCAAAGGAAUUGUAUGGCAGACAUCUAGGAGAAUUACUUGUGAGAUCUUGAGAGUGAAAGGGCUAAAAAUGAACUUUAGUGUAUUCUCCAACACUUUAAAUCAUUGAGCUUGAAAAAAGGAAUAAUUAUUUAAUUUAAUAGCUGUCUAGAUGAUAAUCAGACUGUCUGUAUUUCAUUCCAUACUUAAAGAUUAAUUCUUCAUCAGAAGCCUCAAGGAAUGUACUGUGUGAUUUCCCUUAGGAAAAUUACCACUUGAUAACAAUCUUGUAAUGGGUGACAAGACUAGAGGGAGUGACCUCCAAAGAGGUGCUUAUGAUUCAUUUUUAAUGAGAAUAAUUGUUUUUUAACAUCAAAUGACAGAUUGAACUUGCCACUGGAAAAUUUCCUUAUCCCAAAUGGAAGAGUGUAUUUGAUCAGCUGACUCAGGUUGUGAAGGGAGACCCACCACGCUUGACCAACAAAGAUGGAGGAAACUUUUCAGAUGAAAUGCUUGCCUUUACAAAUGUGUGGUUAGUAAAUUGAAAUUGUUUGCAUCAAAUAUUAUGCAGGCAAUCAACGUAGAGUUUGGGCCAUCUUCAAACAACAAAUUUUUGCUAAAUGAAUGUACAUGAAGCCUAACUUUCAUGAAAUUAGUAGCAACCUCUAAAGAUGUCUUGAAAGCUUGGUGACUUAUUAUUAAUUAUUAUUGGGCAUAGAUAAGUUACUGUGGCUCCUUAACAAGUUUUUCUGUUUUUAAUUUUCAAUUUGAAUUCCUAUCAUCUUGGCUGUAAACAAGCAAUAGGAAACUAAGACAGUUUGUGAAAAAUUGUAGGGCAAGGUCUAUAAUAAUUUCAGAGGCAUGACCAUAACUGAUCUUAGUUCUAAUGUAAUGAUUGUUUCUGUGUGUCGUUUGUUUUCCUAGCCUUACCAAAGAUGUUACAAGAAGACCAAAGUACAGAGAAUUGCUCAAGCAUCCUUUUAUCCUAAGGUAUGAGGAAAAGCAAGUUGAUGUGGGAUCCUGGCUCAGUAGAAUCUUGGCGCAGGCGCCACUGAACUUUGAUAGAUUAGAGUUAUGAUGCUUUGAAAUAAAUAAAACUAUUUUUGCACCAGUUAAUGUAAAUAAUACCCAAAACUUCCUGAAUGUGAGACUGUGAACUUGAGUCAAGAGAGAUUAAAUUCUAUUGACAAGGGUCAGUAACCAUCUUCAAACUAAUUGAAAGAAAUCAAUAGUUUUUCAUCUUUAUAGUAGUUUUAACAUAUGAUAACAAGCUAGUGGAAAUGUCAAACCAUUUUAUAUUGUAGGUCACUGUGUAACAAACAAAAUGUUCAGUGAUUGGCCCAAAUGAAACCAAGAAAUGUUGUAAGAUCUCUAUAAAUCUGUGAGAUUGUUCACUCUCAAAGACUCCGAUAGGAGAAAUGGGUAUUCAAGUUGUUUGUUUUUUGCAUUUCUGAAAACUGGCCAAACCACUUGUUCAAUAUAUAAGCUUCUUUGCACCUCUAUUGUUGUUGUUGUUGUUUUUCUUUGUUCUCAGUUGUGAAAUGAAUUAAGGGUUAGAAACAUGAGUUAUGAGCUGUGGUAUUGUGUAAGGUAUUUUUAAAAUGGUCAUUUCAUUUGUGAGUUUCAUGGCAUUGAAUAAACCAUGAAAUACAGUAUCACUGCAAGGAACCAGUUGGUUCAAGCAGAAGAUGAAGUUUUGAGAAUUAGUUUGCUGCAAUGUAUUAGAGGGUGAAAGGUUUCUAAAUUUAAUACUUUUUUUUUGUCUUAUUUGCUGAAAUAUUUGAAAAACUUUCAUUGUACAUUAUAAUUUUACUUUACUUAGUUUUUCUUUGGGUUUUCAUGGAGAGAUGGGCAUAAAGAAGUAAGCUAUUUCUUGAAAAAAAGAAAGAAACUUUUUCAAUUGCUUUUGCAUGCUUUGUUCAUUGAAGCUUUAAACCAAAAAUAUUUUUUAAGUCAUUAUUAACAGUGUGAUAAUGAUUAGGUGCAUUAAGAAAUGCAGUAGAUAAAUAUGUUGUGCAGUGCUGUUGCAGGUUCAGCUUUUUUUAAAACUAGGUUUUGCUACAAGGUAAUGUGUUCUGGUUUCCAACAAAAGAAAAUGAACAAAAAUGAUUCAAAAAUAGGAAAGUUGUUUUGAUAAAUUGUUAUUCUUUGUGAGUCACACUUCAGUGCCCUUGAUCAUUUACUUAUUUAAAUGUAAACAAGUGUUAUUUGAAGAUGCUCAGUGAAUGAUUACAAUAAAAAGCAAUAUAUUCUCGUGACCAUGUGUUUAAAUUGCAAGGGUUACAGUACAAGGAAGGGAGUAACAAAAUAUCACAAUUUUAGCCUUUAUCUCUUUGUACGAUUACAUGUCAUUUGAUAUUUAUUAAAAU